AGAAAGCAUUAGAAACUGCAGAGAGAAUCUUUGAACACCAUUGGUGGAAGACAUUUUUCAGUUCAUCAUCAAACAUUGGGAAAGGCCACUGAAUUUGAUACAAUUAUCGUCAUCAACAAAUGGGCAGCUGAAAGUACUGCAUAAGAAAAGAAAAAAAGAUCGAUAUAAGAGAAGUCCCUGGUUCAGUACAGUGCAGGAGAGGCUUCAUUUCUUCUCUGCAAUGCAGUACUACAACUUGUUCAUUCUUCUUGUUUUGGUGCUCCUUCAUGGCCUUAGCCAUGGCUUGGGGAUUGAUCAAGCGAGUAGGCUGAGGGCUUUGAGAGGUAAAAGACUGGGGGGAGAGAGGAGCUCUGAUGAUGGAAGGUGGGAAGUGUUGGAUAUGGAGGAUGAAGGGUUUUUUGAUAGUGGGAAGAUGGAGGAUGAUCUGAUUGAAGGUGGGCUCCCUGGUCAGCCAUCAGGAGUGUUGUUUAAGCAGUAUGCUGGUUAUGUAACUGUCAAUGAACUCAAAGGGCGAAACCUUUUCUAUUAUUUUGCUGAGGCAGCUGAGGAUCCAUCAUCUAAGCCUCUGCUUCUGUGGCUGAAUGGAGGGCCUGGUUGUUCAUCCCUUGGAGUAGGUGCCAUGGUGGAGAUUGGACCUUUUGGGGUUAAACCAGAUGGCAAAACGCUCUAUUUAAGACCGUAUGCCUGGAACAAAGUGGCAAAUACUCUGUUCUUAGAGUCUCCAGUAGGUGUUGGGUUCUCAUACUCUAAUAAUUCCUUCGAGUAUAACGAAAAUGGCGAUAAACGGACUGCUCAAGACACAUACGCCUUCUUGAUCAAUUGGUUCAGAAGAUUUCCCCACUAUAAGAAUAGGGACUUCUAUAUCAUGGGAGAGAGUUAUGCAGGUUUUUACAUUCCAGAGCUGGCUGAUACAAUCAUCAGGAGGAACAUGAAGGCAGUCUCUUCCUCUAUCAUCCACCUUAAAGGGAUUAUGAUCGGGAAUGGGAUUAUGAACGAUAUGACGGACAACAGAGGAUUCUACGAUUAUCUUUGGAGUCAUGCCUUGAUUUCUGAUAAAACCCAUCAAGGACUAGUCGAAUACUGCAAGUUCCCCGACAGCUACGAGUGUAAGAAGCUUGAAGAUCAUAUUGAGUUGGAAGUUGGAUUGAUAGAUUUUUACAACAUAUAUGCCCCAGUUUGCAUUCGCUCCUCAAACUCUUCGAGAAAACCGAAACGCCAUGGAGGGUUUGAUCCCUGUGAAGCAGAUUAUGUCCUGAAAUAUCUCAAUCUUCCUCAAGUACAAGAAGCUUUGCAUGCCAACAGAACCAAAAUACCUUAUGCUUGGGAAGUUUGCAGCUCUGUGAUCACUUCUUGGACGGACAGCCCAUCAACCAUGUUUCCGAUAUACAAGAGGCUAAUUUCCUCUGGUCUUCAUAUACUAAUUUACAGUGGUGAUGUGGAUGCAGUUGUAUCAGUUGUUGGUACCCGGUACUCCAUUAAUGCCUUAAACCUUAAAGUCAUCAGACCUUGGCAUCCUUGGUCGGAGAGCACAAAAGUGGUGGGUGGAUACAGGGUUGUUUAUGAGGGACUAACGUUCGCAACAAUUCGAGGGGCAGGGCAUGAAGUCCCAAGGUUUCAGCCCCGCAGGGCUUUUGCUUUGAUGGAGUCCUUUGUAGCAGGAAAAUAGUGGGUGUGCUCCUCUGCUUCAUCUUUUUCUCACCAUGAAGAAAUCAAUGAAUCUGCUUUAUGUUACAUCUAUGAUUAGAAUUUUUUUUUCCUUUGAAAGGAAAUGUUGGAGUAUAAAAUUGUGAUUUUGCCUUUGCUGGAUUUAAAUUAUAUGCUAUUUCGAACA